AUGUCAAGCUCAAUCCAAUCAAUCGAAAACUUAAUCAAAUCAGAUCCAAAACAAGCUCAAUCUCAACUUAUCAAAAUCAUAUCAAAUCAAGUUGAUAUCAAGGAUGAAAACGCAUUAAGAGAGAAAGAAGUAGCUUUGAUCAAAUUAGGAGAAAUCUACCGUGAUCAAAAUGAUCCGAAUGGAUUAGCAGACACGAUCAGAUCAUGUAGAUCAUUCAUGAGUUCAAUAGCCAAAGCCAAAACAUCUAAACUGAUCAAAACCUUGAUCGAUUAUUUCUCAAGCCCACCUUUAAAUCAAAACCCAAGUUCAUCUUCCAUUCAAAUUCAAAUCACAAGAGAAAACAUUCAAUGGUCAAAAGAAGAAUCACAAAUCUUUUUAAAACAAUCUUUGGAAAUCAAAUUAUCUAAUCUUUUAUUUGAGGAUCAUCAAACCAAAGAAGCUCUUGGGAUGAUUUCAAGUUUAUUGAUCGAAUUAAAGAAAUUAGAUGAUAAAUUGAUUUUAACGGAAGUUCAUCUCUUAGAAAGCAAAAUUCGUCAUUCUUUAUCUGAUCCUCCUAAAGCUAAUGCUGCUUUGAUCUCGGCAAGAACGGCUGCAAAUUCGAUUUAUUGUCCUCCUCUCUUACAAGCACAACUUGAUCUUCAAUCAGGUGUACUUCAUGCCGAAUCAAAAGAUUAUAAAACUGCUUAUUCUUACUUCUUUGAAGCUCUUGAAGGGUUUUCUAGUCAAGAUGAUUCUCGCGCUUCUUUAGCAUUGAAAUGUAUGUUGAUGUGUAAAGUGAUGUUAAACUUGCCUGAAGAUGUUUUAACGAUUCAAAAUUCGAAACUUGCUAGAAAGUAUACAGGUCGUGGUACUGAAGCUAUGCAAGCCAUUGCUAAAGCUCACCAAGAACGAAGUCUAGCUAAAUUCGAAGAAGCUCUCAAGACUUACAAACCAGAACUUUCGGAUGAUCCGAUUGUUAGGAACCAUUUAUCAUCACUGUAUGAUACAUUAUUAGAACAAAACUUAUUAAGGAUCAUCGAACCAUAUUCGAGAUUAGAAUUAAAUUUUAUUUCGAAUCAAGUGAAAUUACCAUUAAGAGAUGUAGAAGCUAAAUUAUCACAAAUGAUUUUGGAUAAAGUCUUUAAUGGGAUCAUCGAUCAAGGGCUAGGUUGUUUAGAAGUUUAUGAUGAGGUUUCAAAUGAAUUGAUUUAUGAUCAUACUUUAGAUUGUUUAAAACAAAUCGGUUCAGUGGUGGAUUCUUUAUAUGCUAAAGCUCAAAAAUUAGGUCAAUAG